AAUCGACCGCUUUUGAAGCUUCAGAUCACUUCGUAUCAACUCAAAAUCGAAUAAAUACAAAAAAUAUUUAAUUUUAGCCCGGUUUUUGUGCGGUUCUAGCUAAAAAGCAUUCCAAUUUUUCAAAUUAAACAAGUUGAAAUGCUCUUUUAAUUCGUAACCGCUCGAAAACAUCCCGAGGUCAACCAACAUAACCUCAAAAUAACUAAAAAGGAUUAAAAUGGAAAAUCCGUCCACUUCAAACGGGGAAUCUUCAAAAUGCCCCAUAUCAAAUAAAGAAGUCAACGAUGAAUUUAAUGACGAUAAUAUUGAGGUUAGAAAAUUUCAUGUUUUGGAUGAAAUCGAGAAUGAAUCGGAUGAUAGAGAAUCGGAAGAUACUGACACGGAUGUUCCUGAAGAAGAAAUUGAGCAAAUGUUAGAUGAAGCACUUAGAGGGAAGAAACGAAAAGCCGGUCAUUUAGAUGGUGACAUCAAGCCGUUUGAGCAAAAAGAAAAAAUUAUAUUAAUUGAGAAAGGUCAUAACCAUUUUGAGGUACUUCCUGAAGGUUGGAUUCAAGUGACACAUAAUAGUGGGAUGCAUUUAUAUUUACACAAAUCGUCGAGGGUUUGUACAUUGUCAAGGCCAUAUUUUUUAGGACCUGGCAGUGCUCGGAAACAUCAAGUACCGUUAAACGCGAUUCCAUGCCUUAAUUAUAAACGGGCCUUAGAUGAGGAGGCGGAACAACAAAAAAAGAAAUCGCAAAAUGAUUUACCCAACGCUAAAAUCGAAACGAUUCUAGAAAAUAUUAAAACGCAAAAUUUAAGUCCUGAACAAUUAAGGCAGUAUUGCGAGAAAUUGUUUCAAUUUAAAGCGAUUAAUGUGAUGAGGUUUAAAUCAUGGAGCGAAAGGCGGCAAUAUAGUAAAAAAAAGAAACAAGAGAAGCAUUUGCAACGGCCUACUUUGCCCGAUGGGACUAAGUUGAUUACUUUUCCAAUUCAAGAAGACGGAGAAACAAACGGUCAAAAUUCAAAAAAAGAAUGGAUUAUGAAUCCGAAUGGCAAAUCGUACGUUUGUAUUUUACACGAAUAUGUUCAACAUGCUUUAAAAAAACAACCUACUUAUAAGUUUACAGAAUUAGAGAACGCAGCUACACCUUAUGCAGCUACUGUUUCCAUAAAUGAUAUGCAAUAUGGAGUAGGUUAUGGAACAAGUAAAAAACAAGCUAAAUCAGAGGCGGCUCGAGUUACUUUAGAAAUUUUAAUUCCUGAGAUGAGAUCAAAAAUAACAGCCGAUACGAAAACUGGCGGAUCAAGUACGAGUAAAUCUCAAGAUCAAGAUUUAUCAUUCUUUGAUACGAUAAAAAUCGAAGAUCCGAGAGUAGCUGAGUUUUGUGCCAAAACCACGGAACCUUCACCGCACGAUAUUCUACUAACAUGUUUACAAAGAAAUUUUGGAUUGGGUGAAAUGAAAAUAAGUUACGAAGGGCAUACAUUAAAACACCAAAAAAACGAAUUUAUGAUGACAGUCGGAAAACACACCGCAACCGUAAUCUGCAAAAACAAGCGCGAUGGCAAGCAAAGGGCAUCUCAAGCAAUCUUACAAGCUCUACACCCACAUAUAACCUCGUGGGGUUCGCUUUUGAGGCUGUACGGAAAUCGUUCGGUAAAAAGUUUUAAAGAAAAAAAAUUGGAGGAACAAGAAAUUACUUUGUUACAAAGCAAAGCUGCCGUUAAUUCACCGAACUUUGCAAUUUUAGAUAAAUUAAAGUUAGAAUUGAGAAAAUUGAAGACGAAAAGGGACGCAAUUAAACCAAUCGGAGUUUUCGUUCCCAAUGAAAAUGAGAAAUUGCCGAUAUUGUCGUCGUCUAAUUUAAAAGGGGUUGAUCUGUAAUUUAUUAUUUUAUUGUAAUCGCAAAUUAUGUCGUAAUUUAAACUUAA